UUCAAAAGAACAAACACGCUCUCAGAACAAAGGAAGACGGGCUUUGACUGCAGAGGAAGCAGGAAGCACAGGCCCUGCUCUGAGCCCAGCUGCCGGGGCUCAGGGACUGCAGCAUGGAGUCCGUGGCCCUGUACAGCUUCCAGGCCACGGAGAGCGAUGAGCUGGCCUUCAACAAGGGGGACACACUCAAGAUCUUGAACAUGGAAGAUGAUCAGAACUGGUACAAGGCUGAGCUCCAGGGUGCCGAGGGGUUUAUCCCCAAGAACUACAUCCGCGUCAAGCCCCACCCGUGGUACUCAGGCAGGAUUUCCCGGCAGCUGGCAGAAGAGAUUCUGAUGAAGCGGAACCACCUGGGAGCCUUCCUGAUCCGGGAGAGUGAGAGCUCCCCAGGGGAGUUCUCUGUGUCCGUGAAACGCCCCGGGCCUGUUUUGCCCAGGCCCAGUUUGACUUCUCAGCCCAGGACCCAUCGCAGCUCAGCUUCCACCGUGGCGACAUCAUUGAGGUCCUGGAGCGCCUGGACCCUCACUGGUGGCGGGGCCGCUUCUGUGGGCGUGUUGGCCUCUUCCCUCGGAGCUACGUCCAGCCAGUGCACCUGUGACCGGAGUGGGGUCCUUGGGGCAGAGCCUGCAGACCAGCCAUCCACCCAACAGGUCCGGAGAAAAGAACAGGGGCACCCCCUUCGUGGGUCCCACAAGGCUCAGUGGAGGGCGUUGGACUGGAAUGUGGGCCUCCCAACUGCCAGGCCCAGACUCCUGCCACUUCACACAAACUGGGAGAGGCCCCCAGCACCCCCCAACAGCAGUGUUCGGUGCCCCCCAGGCAAGGGAGUUCCCCAGGCUUCCCUUGAUCUCCUCCCAUUGGCCACCAGCUGUGUGAUGUCAGAGGUGGGGCAGAGGCUCCGCCCACUCCAAUCUCAGGGUGAUUCAAGACUCCUAGGUUCCUGCAGUUGGAGGCUCAACCCAGGGGUCGGUGGGCUUGGUGGGCGGGUUCACCACCUGCAGGCCUACCUGCCUGCCCUCUAAGAGGCCCCUCAAGGGGUUCUGGCUGUUGAGGAGGUGGCCUAGCCGUGAGGGACAGGCAAGGGGCUGUGCGCCUAUUGACCUGGACUCACCGGACAGACUCCAGCUGGGGAGACUUCUGGCAGCCCCAAGGUGACUGCAGGCUCUCCCUGGGCGUCUGACACCCCCACCCCCGACAGACGCUUCGGGUAGGGGCCAGAGGCCCUGAGGAAGGGGCACACAGUGGUGAAGGACAUGCAGGCAGGUGCUCCCUUCCAGUUACCUGCCCCCACCACCACUGAUGGGGAGCUCUGAGGGGCAGGCCCCAAGGCCACCUGGAGGGUCAGGCCACACCUGCUCUUGUUUGUUCAAGUUCUGCCUGGACCAGGGACCCGGUGAGCUUGGAGAAUAGGCCAGGUAGGAAGUUGGGACCAGAACUGGACUUUGAGGUCCAGCAUGGGCUCCAGCUUGCAGAAAGGCAGGGUGUCCACAUGGAGUGUGCAAGCUGCAAGGGGUACUGGGCUGCACCUGCCCAGGGCCUGGGCACUUUGGGAACAGGAAAAUCAAUGGGGACUUGGAAAAGGCCUUCAGUGCCAGGCUGAUGGUGGAGGGAGGAGGGAGAGGGAGCUCUUGUGGCAGCUGGGAGCAGGUAGGACAAGGUUGGGGGACAGGGCUGCAGGUCCCUGUCAUGGGCACUGGGCUCUCCCUCCACCCAGGGCUGGCCUGUGGCCCUUCAAGCCAAGCUGCUCUUGACUGGGCCGGUGUAGUCAAAAUAAAAACAGUAAAACUAGUAUAAGGA